GGGCGCCGCGGCGCCCCGUCGCGAAGCGCUCGAGCAGGUGGGGGCGCAGCGCGGGGCUGCGCCGGAGCGCAGAGGGGCGGAGGCGGCCGCCACACCUAGGGCGCCCCGGAGCGCCCGGGGCUGGCGCGGGCGGAGCCGCCCGGAGGGCCGCGCGUGUCCCCGGCCUCGGCCCCGCCCCGCGCCGUCCAAUGAGAGCCCGCGGCCAGAGGGGCUGUCCGCACACUCUGCCCGCAGCCCCACUCCGCGCCGCCGACCCCCUGACACCGCACCCCGCACCCGGGCAGCGCGCCCCAGACCCCGAGCUCCGCGCGCCAUCGUCGGCUUCCGGACGCCGCUCCCUGCGCCCCUCUCCGGGACCCUGCGCCCCGGCUCCUGGACUCCAGGUGCCCCUAGUUCCCCAGGCGCCGGCGAGCCCUAUGGCCCCCCAAGGGGGUGAAGUAGGAGCAGCCUGAGUACCCGCAGCCGGUGCCCCGUCCACGCCCCCACCCCCCCGGGGCCGCGCGGCGGGAGUCUUCGGGGAGCUAUGCUGAGGCCGAGUGGUGCGGAGGAAGCCGCGCAGCUCCCCCCUCGGCGCGUCCGCGCCCCUGUCCCCGCGCCGGCGCCCAGACCCGCGGCCCCCGACGGUUCGCCGGCUUCGCCCCGCCUGAGUCUUGCCUGUCUUCUGCUGUUGCUGCUGCUGACUCUGCCGGCCCGCGUAGACACAUCCUGGUGGUACAUCGGGGCACUGGGGGCCCGAGUGAUCUGUGACAAUAUCCCUGGUCUGGUGAGCCGGCAGCGGCAGCUGUGCCAGCGUUACCCAGACAUCAUGCGCUCAGUGGGCGAGGGGGCCCGAGAAUGGAUCCGAGAGUGUCAACACCAGUUCCGCCACCACCGCUGGAACUGCACCACGCUGGACCGGGACCACACUGUCUUUGGCCGUGUCAUGCUCAGAAGUAGCCGGGAGGCAGCAUUUGUAUAUGCCAUCUCGUCAGCAGGGGUGGUCCACGCUAUCACUCGAGCCUGUAGCCAGGGUGAACUAAGUGUGUGCAGCUGUGACCCCUACACCCGUGGCCGACACCACGACCAACGUGGGGACUUUGACUGGGGUGGCUGUAGUGACAACAUCCACUAUGGUGUUCGCUUUGCCAAGGCCUUCGUGGAUGCCAAGGAGAAGAGGCUUAAGGAUGCUCGGGCCCUCAUGAACUUGCAUAACAACCGCUGUGGUCGCACGGCUGUGCGGCGGUUUCUGAAGCUGGAGUGUAAGUGCCAUGGCGUGAGUGGCUCCUGUACUCUGCGCACCUGCUGGCGUGCACUCUCAGACUUCCGCCGCACAGGUGAUUACCUACGGCGGCGUUAUGAUGGGGCUGUGCAGGUGACAGCCACGCAGGAUGGUGCCAACUUCACAGCAGCCCGCCAAGGCUAUCGCCGUGCCACCAGGACUGACCUUGUCUACUUUGACAACUCCCCAGACUACUGUGUCUUGGACAAGGCUGCAGGUUCCCUAGGCACUGCAGGCCGUGUCUGCAGCAAGACAUCCAAAGGGACAGAUGGUUGUGAAAUCAUGUGUUGCGGCCGAGGGUACGACACAACUCGAGUUACCCGAGUCACCCAGUGUGAGUGCAAAUUCCACUGGUGCUGUGCUGUGCGGUGCAAGGAGUGCAGAAACACUGUGGACGUCCAUACUUGCAAGGCCCCCAAGAAGGCAGAGUGGCUGGACCAGACCUGAACAUAUAGAUACCUCACUCAUCCCUCCACUUCAAAUCUCCUGACUCAAAAAAGCACAAGAUCUUUGCAUGCACACCUUCCUCCACCCUCAACCCUGGGCUGCUACAGCUUCUAUUUAAGGACUUGGAGAGUGAUCCAGAGGGACUCUCCUGUCCUGGCUGGUUCCUUAGCCCUGGGAAGGAGUUGACAGGGGAUGUAAGAAACUGAGCAGCUCCCUGACUCCCCCCUCUGGAGGUUGGAAGGGAGAGUGAAAGAGGUAGGGGUCUUCAGAGUGAUAUGAGUUGCACUAAAGCACAUGGUCAAGGCUCAUUUUUCCUUUCCCUUGCACUGGCUUCCUGAGACUUGUGUGUGCAAGAGGAAGGGUACUUGGAGAGAGCUUCUUUCUGUUCCUGCUUGGUUGAGGGUAGAUGGGACAGAGAUGAAACCACAUAUCUCUUCCCUGGGUCAGUUUGAGCAGACUGCCUGGUACCCCAAAAGAAACUCUCAGGCUACGACAUUCUUGCAUUAUCCAGAGCCUGGGAUUGCUAGACCAGGGUUAGCUAUAGUGGACAAAGUUCCAUUCACAUGUUCAUAUGUUUAUAAACUGCUGUGUUUUGUAGGAGAAAAAAUUAUAUAACUAUAUAAACAUACAUUCUCUUCCA